UUUCAGAUUUCAUAAAGUAAUGGUACCAAAUAUACGAUAUAUCGGAAAUUAUGACAUAAAUGCGGAAGGGAAAUUUCUUUGGGAGAUCCUUUGUCAAUUGCGAAAUCUUGGAGUUGGAAGAAUUGUGACGAAGAAUGAAUGGGGGAGAAAAUGGCCGAAACAACCGUCUUACCUAAAAAUUGUUCAGGUAAAAUGGAUGGAUUGUUUGUUUGGUAAAAUGGAUGGAUUCGGGAUAAAAUUAAUAAAUGAAUGACGAAAAUGCAUUUCGGCUUGUCCAAGUAUGGAUCGUUGGUUGCUUCGAGGAAAACUUUGGGCUGAUUGGACCUAUAGGGGCAUUAAUUUAGGUUUAUAUGAAUUUAGCACCGACUUAGCACGCUCAGAUUGGCGUUUAAUCCAUAAGCACGAGGAAGACGAAUUCAUGAAAUGUGAUAAUCCAAUGAAACCAAUAGAAUAUCCGAAAACGAUGCCACUUCCUCCAUAUCUCCGAGCUGUAUGUGAAAACGGUGAUGUGGUAAGAAUGGAGGAAAAACGGAUAAAUUUGGAUUUGUGUUUGGAUCCUCAGUUUGAAAUGAUUAAGCAUCUUUUCAAGCAGGUUGAAACUCGACAUGGAAAUUCUGUUUAUGACGAAACAAGACCGGAAAUUUGGUUAGAUUUAUAUGGUGAUGAAAUGCCAACAAAAGUGGAGGCAUGGACGGCUGGUCCAGCAGAGUUACGACCCCAUUUUGACAAUUCUGUUCCGACGCCUUGUCCACCGGAGCUAGACAACAUGUCAUUACCUGAAUUCAAAUUCGAUUUUCCGAAGUCAGAAAGUAUUAACAAUGCUACAAAUAGCGAAAAUUCGGAUGAGAAUAAACAUCUGCAAAAUUAAUGUAAUGUUUAAUUAAAGGAAAUGGGAUCAACAUUGUUAUACUUAGCUGUAGAAAUGAUGAAAACAAAAGAUCAAGGAGGUAACUUUUCAUUAAUAAAGAAAAGGUAAGAACGAGAAAAUAUAUUCUUUCAG